AUGUCCUUAACACUAAACACUUUGAAAAAUAAGAAAAAAAACGAACUUAAAGAAAUCGCACAAGAUCUUGGAUUAAGCACCACUGGAUUACGAAACGAACUUGAAAGUCUCAGAAAUCCAGAGCUGUUAUCAGAAAACGAAGCUCCACCACGUCGCUCUGGUCGCCAAAGAAACUUAAAUAAUACUAACACAAGAUCUAGGCACUCUACCAAUGGUGAUAGAUCCAGCUCUGAUGACGAAUCUUUAAAAUCAGUUGAAAACGAAAUUAAACAGGAAAUGAUUAUUAGUGAAACAAUUCGAUCAGUAACAGAAAUUGAAGAAAUAAAUUUGGCUGAAACUAGUUCCCAACAAGAAAACCAAGAGAAUCAAGAAAUUUCACAUAUCGUUGGCCAACCCAUCACUACUAAUCUUAGUUUUUCCUUAAAUGUUGAGAAGAUCAAGAGUUAUAUUCCUAAAUUGAGAACGAAUUUAUCCAACCCUCAAGCAUUUUUACAAAUAAUUUUUUUCAUAGAAUUUCUAGUAUUUAUUUAUCAUGCAAUUGAAUGGAAUUAUGAGCCUCAACAUCACACCUACAGUCCUCUUGUUUUUUCGGUUGCUAAAUAUGGAAUAUUUCUAAUUUCUAACGGAAAUUUUGAUUGGGUUGAAGAUAUCCAUGAAUUUGUUCCGGAUAAUUUAAUUUACACAGGAGCAGGAGCAGGGGUCAUUCUUUCAUUUUAUGAAACCAUUUUAAGAAAAUAA